CCAGAUCUCCCAGCCGAGAACAUGGAAGGAAAAGACAUUUAUGAAGAUGCCACUGCGUUUCACAUCGAUGAGCAGAAUGGAGACGAAUUUGAGCCGAGAGAUCUGAAGCCAGAACAUUGGACCCGAAGAGCAGAUACUGCACGACGAAAUCUACCACCCAAGAUUAUCUACACUCUUCUGGGUAUCUGCAUCGUAGUGUCAGUUCUGUCGCUUGCUAUUGCGUUGGCACUGAUGGCACAGAUGGGUGAAAUAAAGAGGUCAGAUGCUGACUUUCGGAUGGAAAGUUCCCAAUGGAAGAACAAUGUUACAGGAAACGUUGAGAAAGCAACCAGCUCACUCUCCGACGUUCAGGCUGAGAUUGCACUGCUGAGAGAGCUUACAGGAAACGUUGAGAAAGCAACCAGCUCACUCUCCGACGUUCAGGCUGAGGUUGCACUGCUGAGAGAGCUUACAGGAAACGUUGAGAACGCAACCAGCUCACUCUCCGACGUUCAGGCUGAGAUUGCACUACUGAGAGAGCUUGCAGGGAACCUUGAGAAGGCAAUUGCCCAACUCUCCAACCUCCAGACUGAGAUUCCAUGGCAGAGGGAAAGUGUGCAUUCUUGUCCCGAGCAAUGGACCAAGUUCAAGCAAAGCUGUUAUCUCUUUUCCUCAAGCUUGAAGAGCUGGGAGGUGGCCGGAAGAACCUGCGCAUCAGCGGACGCCCACCUUGUUGUCAUUAAUAAUGCCGAAGAGCAGGGCUUUAUAAAGAACACAACUAAUGUCCGUCGGUGGAUUGGUCUGAGUGAUUCGGCCUCUGAAGGUGACUGGCGCUGGGUAGAUGGAACCGAUUAUAAAUCCUCUGUAAAGUUUUGGAAUGAGGGAGAACCCAAUAAUGCGAACAAUGCGGAACACUGUGGGGAAAUGUUUGGUGAUGGACGUUGGAAUGACCAAUCGUGCAACUAUAAUCAGGAGUGGAUCUGUGAGAAACCAGCACAGUGAUAUUCUUAAAUUGGAAGUUCGUGCAAUGAACCGGCUUGGUGAUGUUAAACAAGUCGCAUGAAUGUGAUAGCAGUGUAGGAGGCAUUUCAAUAGCGAGAUUAAACGAGAAUUUACCAGUUUGAAACUUGAUCUUUAUUUUAUGAUGAGUUACGGUGAGGGAUUACGUGAAGAAGGCCGUCAGCCCGCAUGCGCGUAAAUCUUCAAAGCAGCUGUGUGAAAUCGCAGAUAACAGUUGAUGAACUGAAUAUAGUAAGAUUCGAGAACCUAUAACUACCAGCUGAUCUUUAUGAGAGAGGGUUGGGAGCGGAGGGCACGUCAUCCCUCAUCCUAACUCCUCAUAAAAAAAAGAUCAAACUACAAACUGGUAAGUUCUCGUUUAAUUUUACUAUUUUACUUCGGAGUCACGUGAGUAGCCACGUGAAGAUUUUGAAGCUCUGUGAUUUCAUGCCGUGGAAACGAGUCCAUGCGUCACACACUGCCAUCAAUUGACCAGGGAUGAGUGAAAAUUAAAUAAAGCAUGACGUAAAUUGAAACAUGCUGGUGCUUUUUAAUGAUGAUAAUAGUAAUCCCACUCUUCCAGGAGGAAUUAAAAAUUAGAACCUUAAAAAAGUGUUGGCAAAUACCCCUGAUCUUGCAAAUGGGUUUAUUAAAACACAUUUGGAAAUUCGCUGGUUUGACCAUCCUGCAGCCAAUAGGAUGAGGUCCAGCGAAACAUUCACAACCCUCGCCGCUGUUGUUGUUGCAGCCCUGGUGUAGUGAGAUUUGAAACACUCCUGCACAAGCCAACCCGUUAAAUCACCUGGGGAUGGUCUAUACCGAUACCUACGUCUGAAGUUUUUUUUGUGUGUAACUAACAAACAUGCUAGUUCAGAGCCUCUAAGGUUUAUGAUGACAUGAUGACUGUUGAUGUGUGACCACACCCACACCAAAGGUCCAUGGGGUAUGCCAUGAAACUAGUUUGAGACCUGACGCCCCGUCACUCUGCAAGAGUAAGUCAUGAACAUAAUAUAUCAUAUUAUUUGCAGCUGUAACCAUCCUGUCCAGUCACAGUUCAUGCAACGACUGGGCCCGUUGCGAUGAACCCAGUGCCAUGAGGAUAAACACUUCGUAAGUGAAUAGACCGAGGACAGGAAUGUUGCUGGAACCCACCGGCGACGCAGCGACAGCAGGACAUAAUAUCCCAUAUCUUUGUGUACCUGGGCCUGGGGAAUUUGAGUAGAAGAUACCCUUUAUAAAUCUGGAUAUCAGAGGUCGAGACCCGACAGCGUGGUGACCUGACCCCAGUCAGGAAGUAUGACAACAAGGCAUUACUGGCACAAUUCAUGUAACUCCAUCUCUCGUGAAAGAUAGCUUUGAGAGGAAUACCAAGCCAUGAAGAAGGGUUUCGGCCCGAAACGUUGCCUAUUUCCUUCGCUCCAUAGAUGCUGCUGCACCCGCUGAGUUUCUCCAGCUUUUUUGUGUAACCUUCGAUUCUCCAGCAUCUGCAGUUCCCUCUUAAACAUCCGUUAUACGUACCGUGUCAUAAGAUAUAUCGGACUGUAAACCGGACACUUACCGUUCUUGAUAUAGGAGAUGUACUGUUUCUUCGUAAUAUCUCUUCAGUCCGAAUUAAUUACAUCCACCGUACAACCUGACAGUCCGUACCACAGGAACAGGUCUUCUCAUAGUCUGCAACCCAACAAUUUGAUUCGCUCAUGCAGAGGAUGGUUCUCCCCAGUCACGGGGUAAACCAGCAAAUUUUGUGUUUGGGAACAGCCAUAAAAAGGCUCUGUUAUCAGUCGCAGUAUGAGUGGACCCAUGGCUGUGUAGGCCAGUCAGGCACUAUCAAGCCUGAGGCGCAGUCUUGCUGGUUUUUAAGCAAGCACCGACUGAUGAGACAAAAUUGAGGAAAACAUAACGAACAUUCCUCCCCAGAGUAGGAAGAACGCAUCCAUCGCCACUGCCCCUGUGAAUGGCCGCCAUGCCAGAUAAUUUUGCAACUGUUGAUUGAGACUAGUUGCAGAUAAAUCGAUAUUUGGUGUUCCAUCAAUCCAUAAUAUUAUAGAAUACUUUUGUGAUCCAACAUUAAUUGUGUUGUCAUUUAUUUACGCGAUGAUACACCAGCGCCAAAUGAGGUCAGGUAAACUAUCACAGGAUAUUAACUUAGUUGAACCCAUGUGACUAAAAUAUGCCACCACCGUAGUGUGUCAAAUUGUAGUUGAGCAUGCAGAUAUGCAUAUUCGCACAAUAAGCCUUUAACACACAGAAUGCACCUAGUUAUUUUAGGUAGUUGAUACCAUAUAACUGAUGGAUUGGUAACUCAUGCACAUCCCAUCCGCCUCUGUGACUAGAGAUGGGAUAGUAAUUCCACAUCUUUGAGCACUAACAACACUUUGUAACAUAAACUGAAGGUAAAAAUGACUACAAGUACUGGAGCAAUGCUGAAUAUUGUUUGUCCAUCAUUGUGACUCAUAGCUUCAGCUGGUAAUAGCAUAGAUCAGUUGAAUAAUGACCUUCAUGGUACCUGAGAGCUUGCUCCUUUGCACGAUGUAAGUUCUGAUAAUGCAAAGGCUCUAAUUACGCAGCUGAAAAACAACCACUAAAUUGCCAAUUUACACUGGCCACUAUCUCUUGCCCCAGGGCGAAAUCAAAGACAAUUAAUAGAGUUAAAGGUACAUCGCAAUCUAUAACUCUAGUUGGUAUCAACUUAAAUUUAACUGGAUGGAUGAGAAAACGCAAUUUCUCAAAUGUUAGUUUUGCGGCUGAAACAGCUAAUAUAGCAAAAUUCAGCGUUUUUGGAAUAUCAUACAGAUAGGCCAUAAAUAUGUAUGUUUGACCUUGGAGCAGCCUAAGCACUGGGUUAAUAAUGUGGUAAAUAACCUGGGAGCUGAAGUUAGCCCAUCCUGCAACGCUUUAACUGCUAUCGUUGCCCAUCCAGCUAAAUUUCAAAUAUCUCCUGUGAACCCUGUGAAUGGGAACUGAAUAGUAUGCAUCUUUGAGAUCGAUGCAUGUCAUAAAGUAUCAUAUGGAAUAUCCGCUAUUAGACAGUAACAAAGUUUCCCAUUACAAAAGUAUACUGUACAUGUGAAUGUGAGUUAAUCAAGGAUUAUCCAUGAGAAUGGAAAUCAGUUGUUUAACAGUAACACAUUUCCAAAUUCUGAAAGUCUCUGUUGCACAAAGGAGUUAAAUCAAAGAUGAACCGGCAUCUUCCACCGUUGAUCAAAUUCCCGAGCCUGUCUCGGAAGGUAAUUCUGGCCAUAAUACUGAGCCUGCAUUGAUAGACAGCUCUGACCAUAAUAUUGGGCCUGCCUUGAUAGACAACUCUGGCCAUAAUACUGGGCCUGCCUUGAAAGACAACUCUGGCCAUAUUCCUGAGCUUGUCCCGGAAGGCAAUCCUGGCUGUCAUACUGAGCCUGCCUUGAAAGACAACUCGGGCCCUAGUUCCAAACCAUGCUUGGAACCCUUGUAUACUGUGCAAAAAUAAACCAAUCACAUGUUAUUAAUGAAUCUGAAUCUUAUCAUUGUCAUUUGUACAAAAAACAAGCGUAAAUAUUACCAACUUGUAAAUGGUCCACAUACCCCAUGUUUCGGAAGAACCAAACCCACCUACCUCCAUGGCUACCGGUGGUCUUAUGGUAAGCCCAAAGGCCCCUGAUGUGGGUUCUAUUCCCGUCCUUGAUUGAAGAGUAGGACCGGUAGGGUGUGUAGAUUCCAUAUUUGCUGAAACCGGCUUGGGCCUUGGCCUGAAAGACCUCUGCCCAGCUUUCCAGCUGCCACCAGCUUCAGUGAACUGCUUACUGCCGAUGGAGGCGUGGGGUGUGUCGUCGCCGAUACGAUGACGCUUUAUUCGCCGUUGUUACCUUGAUUAGUCCGACAGCUUUUGCUUCCUCAUCCAGGUAUACCUGUUGGAUAAAUCUUACCUGAAGAGAAGCUUUGGCGGCUGGUUUCUUUUUUCCCCAUGUGUGUAACAUGUAACAUGUAACAUGUAACAUGUAACAAUUACAGCACGGAAACAGGCCAUCUCGACCCUUCUAGUCCGUGCCGAACACGUAUUCUCCUCUAGUCCCAUCUACCUGCGUUCAGACCAUAACCCUCCAUUCCUUUCCCGUCCAUAUAACUAUCCAAUUUAUUUUUAAAUGAUAAAAUCGAACCUGCCUCCACCACCUUCACUGGAAGCUCAUUCCACACAGCCACCACUCUCUGAGUAAAGAAGUUCCCCCUCAUGUUACCCCUAAACUUCAGUCCCUUAAUUCUCAAGUCAUGUCCCCUUGUUUGAAUCUUCCCUACUCUCAGUGGGAAAAGCUUUUCCACGUCAACUCUGUCUAUCCCUCUCAUCAUUUAAAAAACCUCUAUCAAGUCCCCCCUUAACCUUCUGCGCUCCAAAGAAUAAAGCCCUAACUUGUUCAACCUUUCUCUGUAACCUAGUUGCUGAAACCCAGGCAACAUUCUAGUA